UGAUUCAUAUUAAAUAAAAAUUAGUUGAAAUAAUGAAUACAAAAAUAAUUAAUAUAUUAACAUGUAAAAUUAAAGACUGUUACGAGUGUAUGGAAUUCAAUAAGCCUAGGUAAUUAUUGAUUUAUUUUAUUUCCAUUGAUUAUUUUUUCUAGAUGGCACGCCUACUAUGCUUCGUUCUCCUGCUGUUUUCUUCCCCACUCCUCAUUGUUAUAUACAUCUUGUUCCUGAGGAGUCCCCUGCCGCUGCCCGAUGUCGAUGUCGAUGCAUGGUGGGGAGCUGGAGAGGAAACCAAGCAGAAUACCAGUGUCAGGUCUUUUGAAGUGCAGUUUAGUGCUUCGAUGAUACAAGACCUCAAAAAACGCCUGAAGAACCAUCGCAAGUGGACGCCUCCACUAGAAGACAUAGGCUUCGAAUAUGGAUUCAAUACUGAACAGCUGGACAGCUGGGUCUCGUACUGGAGCGACAAAUACAACUUCCAAGAGAGGGAGAGGUUCUUCAACAAGUUCCCGCAAUUCAAGACCAAUAUACAGGGAUUGGAUAUUCACUUCAUCAGGGUCCAGCCAGAGGUCUCAGGUAUGGAGAUUGUUCCUAUGUUAUUCCUUCACACCUGGCCAGGGUCAGUGAGGGAGAUCUACGAGGCGCUGCCUCUCCUGACCGCCGUGAGAGACGACCAGGACUUCGCCAUCGAAGCCAUCGUGCCAAGCUGGCCUGGCUGUGGAUUCUCUGAUGCUCCAGUUCGGCCAGGCCUCGGACUCGCGGGGAUGGCAGUGGUCCUGCGUAACCUGAUGCAUCGACUAGGCUUCAAGAAGUUCUACUUGCAAGGUGGAGAUAUAAUUGGCAUCACCUUGGCCACCCUGUUUCCUCAGGAAGUCCUUGGCUUCCACUCAAACGUUGGUGCUUCUGCAUCUACCAGCGCAAUCCUCCUCAACCUGAUUGGAGCAUGGUUGCCGUCUUUCGUGGUGGAACCUCACCUAGCAGACCGAAUGUAUCCUUUGAGCUCAACCUUCGGCUUUCUGCUCGAGGAGUCCGGCUAUGUGCAUCUUCAGGCCACGAAGCCCGACACUCUAGGUAAAGCAGCGGUUCCUAUCCUGGGGGUCUCCGACUCCCCCGUGGGUCUGCUCGCCUACAUCCUGGAGAAGUUCUCGACCUGGACCAAGAACGAGUACAAGCGGCUUCCUGACGGCGGCCUCGACAAGCACUGGAGCAAGGACCAGCUGCUCGACAACCUCAUGUGCUACUGGGCCACCAACUCCUUCACCACGUCUGUGAGUGUAUACGCUGAAAUUUUUAGUAAGAGGCAGAUAGAAUUCCAGUUGGAUGAAAUCCCAACCCCAGUGCCAACCUGGAUCAUCCAAGCAAAGAACGAGCUGAUCUUCCAACCCUGGCGGAUCCUGCGGAGGAAGUUCCCGAACCUGGUGCACGCCAACGCCAUCGAUGACGGCGGACACUUCCUCGCCUUCCAGCUGCCGAAGGUCUUCUCUGACGACGUGUUGAAGGCUAUCGCGGCUUUUAGAAAGCUAAAGAGAGAAAACUGAGCUAUAGAGUGCAAAUUGUAAUCAUCUUCUUAGCGUUGUCCUGGCAUUUCAUGGAGUCCGUUCUGCCUAACCUCAUGAAUUGACACAUACCCUAGUUUUACAAAAGCAACUGCCGACCUUCCAGCCCAGAGAGCAAAUUAGGUCGUCAGGUUUCCGCAGGAUUUUUUCCUUCACCGAAAAGCGGUCGGUAGGUACCUAAUUAAACCACCGGACAAGAGCUAGUCGGACUCGCCCACCGAGGAUUCCGUACAAUUUUUUUUUUUAAUAUAAUAUUAUAGGUUUAAACUUUUUCCUGUACUUGUAGUAUAAGACGAUGGCCCUCAUGGAUGAUUUUUAUGCAAUAAUGCGCAAACGAUUAGCGUCCCAGAUGUGUCGGGUGCGAGGCAGCGCCAACAGAUUAAUAGCGGCAAUAGGUAAGAGAAUGGAUAACCCUUUUCAACGACAUUGGGUGUCGUUGCAUGCUCCAAAGCACCAAGAUUGUAAAUAAGCUAUUAUUAAGAUAGAAUUAGGAUAAAGUAUCAUAGAUAUAAGUAGGUUUUACUGUACUUAACUAACAAAUAUGGACUGUAAUUUGGUCUGAAAUAAAUAUAUAUUGAUUGAUUGAAAACUAAAACUUGUGAAAGCGCCUGCAAAAUGUAGAUUAGCAAAAUAUCACAUGUAGACGUGUUGUGAUGAUCUCAUUGACGAAUUGACCAACGGCUUUACGGCUCUUUCGAAGUACAAUUUCAGCGACGACCCAAAAGAAGUUUUGGUCUCCGACAUGAGCAGAAGGUACAUGCCAGUUUCGAGACAACUUCGCGCGCAAACUCCCACCAGGGUGCGUAGACAAGAUGCCGAUCAUUCACGCUCCAUAGCGUAGUGUAGUUAUCUCUCUCUAUCACUCUUCCGUAUUAGUGCGACAGAGACAGUUGCAUUUCGUUGGCUACGGAGCGUUAACCAUUUGCUUCUUGCCAACCCAGUCGGCUUGGAGAUCGCGCAAGUCCGCUUCAACAGCGUCGCCCAGCGACACCUGGGACGUCAAUUAUACGACAUACCUACAAACGAUAUCAAAAUGAGAACUUAUCUAAACCAGAACUUAUCGUUAUCGUAUCUCAUUCUUCGAAUCGGGCCGUUACGCAUUAUUGACCGAAAGCCAACCGAUCACCCGGCUUGGAACCUAUUUAGGAAACAUCGAGUCCUGACUUUGCCCUGUGUCUUUUGCAAAUAUGUUCGGCCUAACCUAUAAAAUUUACGGCGAGAUAAACGAAAGGCUGUCACGCAGAUAACGUGUUAUAAAUUUUAUAAUAUAUACGGCCUGUGCGGCCAGGGAAGUAUAUUCCCGUAAAAUUAAGGGUUGUGAAAAAUGCCUAUAUCUUUUGGAAUUUUAUACAGAUCCGCGGGCGACGGCAGCUAUAUAUACACAUAUAGGGAUAUAGUCUAUUGAUCAGAAUGAUUUUUAGUUUAAAUUAAUUAUAUUCCAGGUCUACAGGGACCUAUAAAGUCAGGACAUGGUACGGGAAAAUGUAGGUCGUGCCGCAAAUCUGGCUUUCUCUAUACGGCGGGAAGUAUAUGACUCGUAAAGCACUGGAAGUAAGUAUUUAUAACUGACAGCUAGACACUUUUGCAACAGUUCUGCCUAUGGAGAUUUCAUUCCUUACCUCUACCUUCCAUACCUACUAGCGAAGGCCCGCGCGAUGCUCGACGUUGUCGGACCUAACCUAUAUAACUGUGUACAUUAUAAACAUUAAAAAUUUGCCUAGUGAUGAUAUAUUUACAAACAAACUUAAAAACAUGCUUAUCGAGUUAGCAUGCUAUAACAUCAACGAGUUUAUACAUAAGGGUCGUUGUUUUCACUGAUAAAUUUAUUUACCAACCACUGUCUGUACCUAUUGUACCUGUUGUGAGUUGUGAGUCUACUGUUUAUAAAAUAUUUGUAUAAUAAAACUUUUUAGUUAUAAGAUAUUUGACAUGUAAACUGUUGUAUAUUUAUAAAUAAAAAUAAGAUAUCGAAAUCUGACCUAUUUUGAAACCGAACGGAGCCCGGCUCAUACCAUUAACUUCCUACAAAAUAUCAUGAUGAUGAUAGCAUUAUCAAUCGCUUUUCUUUGAAAGAAAGAAUCGUGAAGAAACCUUUUUUUUAUUGAAUUGUUUGUAGGUAACUGUGAACAACCAAACACUCAUUAUACAAUGAGAAGAGGCCGGUGGCUAGCACUAAGAUGUAUAUAUUGGCUGUCAAUAUGUGAUAGUGAAGUAGGUACUAGUAUCAGAAUCAUUUAUUUGUAAAACAUAGGCACAAUUAUGUCUUAUAAUUAAAACAUUUUAUGGAGCACUAUGUUUUACCAUUAGGCGUACGAUUAUUUUAUAACAAUAAUGCUUUAUCAUGCAUAAUUAUAUAAUAUAAUUAAUGCUUAAAUAAAUUAAUCAAAAUACAAGAUAAUCAUGCAUUAAAAAAAGCUGCCAAGUGCGAGUCGGACUCGCCCAUGAAGGGUUCCGUACCAUUUAUGACGUAUUAAAAAAACUAAUUACUAGAUCUGGUUCAAACCAAUUUUCGGUGGAAGUUUGCAUGGUAAUGUAUAUCAUAUAUUUUUUUAGAUUUUUCAUUCUGUUAUUUAGAAGUUACAGGGGGGGACACACUUUUUUUCACUUUGGAAGUGUCUCUCGCGCAAACUAUUCAGUUUAGAAAAAAAAAGAUAUUAGAAACCUAAAUAUCAUUUUUGAAGACCUAUCCCUAGAUACCCCACACGUAUGGGUCUAAUGAAAAAAUUUUUUUUUUUAAUUUUAUGACGUAUUAAAAAAAAACUACUUACUAGAUCUCGUUCAAACCAAUUUUCGGUGGAAGUUUGCAUGGCAAUGUAUAUCAUAUAUAUUUUUUUAGAUUUUUCAUUCUGUUAUUUUAGAAGUUACGGGGGGGGGGCACACAUUUUUCCACUUUGGAAGUGUCUCUCGCGCAAACUAUUCAGUUUAGAAAAAAAUGAUAUUAGAAACCUCAAUAUCAUUUUUAAAGACCUAUCCAUAGAUACCCCACACGUAUGGGUUUGAUGAAAAAAGAUUUUUUGAGUUUCAGUUCUAAGUAUGGGGAACCCCCAAAAUUUAUUGUUUUUUUUUCUAUUUUUGUGUAAACAUCUUAAUGCGGUUCAUAGAAUACAUCUACUUACCAAGUUUGAACAGUAUAGCUCUUAUAGUUUCGGAAAAAAGUGGCUGUGACAUAAUCGGACGAAUCUAUAAGGGUUCCGUUUUUUGCCAUUUGGCUACGGAACCCUAAAAAUUAUAUAUAUAACAAGGAGAACAAUUACAAAAUAAUUUUAAAUACCUAACCAAUGAUAAUAUAUGAAUAAGUAAUAUAAGAAUGUAGUAAUAUAAGUAAUUUAAGUUUAAUAACAUUUUUUUAUUAAAGCUUUUUCUUGAAUUUUCCAUAUUAAGCUCUUCAUUUAGAUUAUUUAGAAUGUUGUUAAAUAUUUGUGCCUUUCCCAAUUAAUUUUGCCGUUCUAAAGCUGUUUCACAUAUUUUAUUACGCAAUGAUUUUUCAUACAGAGGUCUUCGGGAUUAAGAUAUUAAUAGGGGUCAUCCAUUAAUUCCAUCACACGUUUAGGGGAGGGAGGGGGUCAAGAAAAUGUGACAAGUUGUGACAAGGGGGAGGGGGGAGUGACAAACUUUGUGACGUCACUUUAACUUCAUCAGUUUUUUUUAUUCGCUGUGUGUAUAUCUUUUAUCAAUAAUAUAUUAAAAAUACCUAAUUCGAUUUGCGUCG